AUGGCGAUCCAGAGUGCUCUUCCAGAUUAUUUGUCGAAUCCAUCGAACUCACUAUACCUCCAUCCUAAUGAGAAUCCUUCCAUGGCUCUCGUUGCACCUCCUCUCAAUGGACGCAACUAUCAUACGUGGUUGUUUGCCAUGAAGAUGGCACUGCUUUCGAAGAUUAAGCUUUGUUUUAUGAAUGGAGAUUUUCCAGUACCUGAUGCUAGUGAUCCUCUGUUUCCCGCGUGGGAGCGAUGCAACACUAUGGUGUUGUCAUGGAUUCAUCGAUCCAUGGAUGAAUCAAUUUCGAGAUCAAUUCUGUGGAUUGAACACGCCUUUGAUGUUUGGCGUGAUCUCUCUGAACGUUUUUCUCAAUCUGACGUAUUCAGAGUUGCAGAUCUCCAAGAAGAGAUUCAUCGUCUGCAACAGGGAAGUAGAAAUGUUGGUAAAUACUUUACUGAAAUGAAAACACUAUGGGAUGAGUUAGACAACCUCAAUCCUUUGCCAAAGUGUUACUGUGGACCUCUUGAUGAAAUUCAAAGAUCCAGAGAAUGUGAUCAAGUGAUUCGUUUCUUAAAAGGUCUCAAUGAUCAAUUCUCCCAUGUGCACUCACAGAUCAUGCUAAUUGAUCCACUUCCAAACAUGAACAAGGCAUUUUCCCUUGUUACUCAACAGGAACGUCAGUUGAAUUCAGAAGUUCAUAUGGAUACUAGCAUGGAAUCUAAAGUUUACACUGUAGAUCAGCUCCGUCGAGCUGGAAACUCUAACAUGACAAGAGGUCCAAGGCCACGAGGAACUAAGCUGUGCACUCACUGUGGCAGGACAAAUCACACGGGGUGGAUACAUGUUAUGCCAAGCAUGGAUAUCCUCCAGGUUUCAGAUCUAGAUUCAAGAGUGCCUCUAUGA